GCUCCAAGCUGCUGGCUCUAGAAGGAAGCUUGCACAGAGAGGACAUUUCGGACCUGUUCCCUCAAUCCCUAUUCUGCCGUUUCUUUUUACACAUCCUUUCGCACUUCCGCGACAAUGGCAGCCAACGAACCAGGCCACCUGCUCGAAGAGCCGUCGCAUAAUCCAACUGGGACGACUUCAUCUGAGGAAUCUACCAGAAUAAAAGCCCCGAAGCCAAAUCCCAGCGCGUCUGAAGUCACUAUCAAAAAGCCGACUUGGGCAUAUAUCCACCUCCAGCAUUUAGGUCCGCCCAGCGAAAAAGGGCAACCUCUCGAUGCUGUCACCGCUCAACUCCAUCUGUCAGCUGGUCUGAGGGCCUUCCUAGGCCUGCACGGUACGGCAAUUCCAGUUGAUUUCCUGAAGAUCGAAAACCAACAAGUCUGGAUACGGGUGCCCGCGGAAGAUUGCCAAGCAGUCGUUGCGGCUGCUGGGGGUUGGUCCGACUCUCGCGGUCAUGGCUGGCGCGCAAGAGGCUGGAGCUUUUGGAGCGCGAGCGUCGCCGGGCGAGACGCUGGUCAAGAUCUAUUCGACGGCACAUGAUCGGCAGACAUAAAGGUCUCCUCAGGCUCUCGGGACGAAAAUGCUCCGUCGUCGAGUGGCUUUUUCGAACACCGAUUACGAGACCAUGUGAUUCAGCGUGUCUACAUCAGCAACGAGUCUGCAUAUCGGAUGUACUGUGUUUCUUCAUACAAAAAAUAUCAGCGAUACUAGCGAGAGCAGUCAAAAACAAAGCAAUAUGACGCUCCCGCAAGCAGCUUCUCAUACAGGGG